AUGCGUGCUCAGGGGCGGACAUUCACAAAAUUCUCAACCGCAAGCAUACUGAUCCUAUCAUGUCUCUUCUUCAUCCUCUAUUACCACCCCCUGAGAGAAGCAACACCAGAAAGCUACCCAACAUAUGAUCUAUCUAGAAAGGGAUUCCAGCUGGCGUCGCCGCGGAUCCCAGAGAAGAUCUGGUACAAAGUUGGACCUAAAGGAUUGAGCGACCAGUCAGAGGAAUGGCUGCACGAUUGUCUCCACAAAAACCCAGCGCAUAGCGCGCAGAUCAUGACCGACCUCACGGGCGAUCAAUAUGUGCAAGAUAACUUCGGCGAUCGGCCCGAUAUCGUCGACGCCUACCUUUCUCUCUCGGUGCCGAUUCUGAAGGCGGAUUUCCUGCGCUAUCUGCUUCUCUUCGUGGAAGGGGGCAUCUGGGCUGAUCUGGAUGUCUCGUGUGGGGAUGUACCCAUUAGAGAAUGGAUCCCCGAGACUAUGCGUGCUAAAGCUCGGCUGGUUGUUGGGUGGGAGUUUGAUGUGGGCUGGGGGGAGAAUUUCAUCCGGCAGUUUGAGAGUUGGACGAUUAUGGCGGCGCCUGGGUCGCCGCAUCUGUUCAUGGUUAUCAAUGAUAUUAUGGAGGGCAUUCGUCAGAAGACGGAGGAGUAUCAGGUUCCGGUUUCCGGGUUGACUUUGGAUAUGACGGGUGAUGUGAUCGACUUUACCGGGCCGAGGCGAUUGACUCGCGGGGUUUUGAAGAGCUUGGAAUUGGCUCGCAAUGAGACGAUCGAUAUGGCGAGUAUCUCGAAUCUUUUGGAGCCCGUUUUGCUCGAUGAUGUUUUGAUCUUGCCGGGGUAUUCGUUCGCUGCGUCGUCGAAUUCUUACAGCAAUGUGAAUGUGACUGGUCCUUCAUUGGUCCAGCAUCAUUAUGCCGGCAGUUGGAAGAAUCACAAUGGUGGUGAGAUCUGA